AACUUGGUUUGUUUUGUUUCGUUUAGUUAUGUUUAUCGGAUGCUCUUGUUCUGUGUCCAUGUUUGAGUGGAAAGAUUGUUGACAGAUGUAAAUCAUAGCAUAACAAUGAAACCCAUUUAUCCAGAUGGAGUCAGAUCAUUCAGAUUAUAAUGGCAAAUCCACUGAAGAAACAUCUCUUCAUGAGUUAUUUCCUCCAGAUUCUCCUCAUCAAAGUGACUUAUUUGGAGAUCGGCAGGCAAAUCCCCGAAUUGGAGAUGAAUUUCAAGUUAAUAUUCCUCCCAUGAUAACAGGAACUGAGUAUAUUCAGCUUUUAAUGAACCCUACUGAUUCAAAUGUCACGUUUGAUGUUUCCCAUUCCUUUCUAAUGGGUUUGCCCAUUCCCAUUGUGUGGCUACAUGAUGAAGAAAAUAAUAUUGAUGAUGCAGCUGGUACAGAUGAAUCUUUCAAAUGUAAAAAGAUCAAAAAGGGCCAAAUUAAUAUAGGGAGGAGAGGUCCAAAACUCAAUGAUUCAGAGUUGUGUGUUAGAUUGAAAGCCAGAAAAGAGUCAAAGCCAGAUAACUUAGAAGCAAAGAUUGCAGGAAUGUCUGACUUGGAUAGACUUUGUAAAUGCACCGAUCAUUCUCCAGUUCCUGGUUUGCUAGGAGACUCUUGGAGUGAUGCUGAAAAGGAAAAUUUUCUUCUUGGUCUAUAUAUAUUUGGGAAAAACCUUUUUCAGAUAAAAAGAUUCAUUGAGACCAAAGAGAUGGGGGAUAUUUUGUCAUAUUACUACGGGAAAUUUUAUAGGUCUAAUGAACACCACAGGUGGUCAGAUUGCAGGAAACCAAGAAGUAGGAAAUGUGUAUAUGGACGGAAAAUUUUUACUGGGUGGAGGCAGCAAGAAUUGGUAUCUCGUAUGCUUCGCCAUGUUCCAGAGGAAUCUCAUAACUCUUUGCUGGAGGCUUCCAAGUCAUUUGCAGAGGGAAGAACUUCACUUGACAUUUAUGUCUCCUAUUUGAAGGCUACUGUUGGACUUAGUGCACUUGUAGAAUCUGUAGGCAUUGGUAAGGGGAGGGAGGAUCUCACAAGCCUUUCAAUGGAGCCUGUGAAGAUCAAUCAGGUGUUUCCUGUUUGUCCCAAAAUGCCAUGUGGGAAAGCUUGUUCCUCACUUACAUCCGGCGACAUUAUCAAGUUUUUAACUGGAGGCUUCCGACUAAGUAAAGCUCGAUGUAAUGAUAUUUUCUGGGAAGCUGUUUGGCCACGUUUGCUUGCAAGAGGAUGGCACUCGGAGCAACCCAAGAAUCAGGGUUACAUCACUUCCAAAGAUUAUCUGGUUUUCCUUAUACCGGGAAUUAAGAAGUUCUCAAGAAGGAAACUUGUAAAAGGAGACCAUUACUUUGAUUCAGUCAGUGAUAUUUUGAACAAAGUUGCAUCUGAACCGAAACUUCUUGAGCUUGAAGCUGAAGAAGCUAGAGUCAGCAGCUGCAAUGCAGAAGACCGGUGGGUUGUAGAAGAUUUAUCCGAUCAGGAUGAUCCAUCAAAUCAUAAACCCCAUUGUUACCUAAAACCUCGUACUUCUAAUGGUAAUUCGGAGCGUAUGAAGUUCAUGGUUGUAGAUUCCAGUUUGAUUAAUGGAGGAAAAUCAUCAAAGAUGAGAGAACUGAGAUUUUUACCAGUUGAUUUUAAAGAUUCUUCCAAAAUGACUGGUCUAUCCAGAGAAAGAAAAGGGUACUUUGAGAAUACCAUGGAUAAGUAUAAGCUUGGUACUGCUAAUGUACCAUUGAACGUAGAGAAGAAAAACGGUAUUUCUGAGCACAGUAAGGAUAAAUUUAAUACUGGUAUGAAGUUUAUGGUUGUGGACACUAGUUCAGUCCAUGGAGGAAAAUCAUCACAGAUGAGAGCAUUGAGAUACUGCCCGGUUGAAUCUAAAACUUCCUCUCAUGUGAGCUGUUUGUCUGGAGUAGAUGAAGAGAAUUCCUCUGAUGAUUCAAUGAAUAAAAGUGAGGCACCAUUCAAUUCUGAGCCAGAUGCUUCUAAUUCACUUUUCAAUGGUGAUAAGAUUGCUGAUAUCUACAAUUAUGAUGGUGCUAGUUCAAAUGAAAAGGCACUUAACUCAGACACUGCACAGAAAUUGGAGAUCUGCCAGGAUCAGAAGGCCAAUAAGUUGGAAGAAAAAAUGCCAAAGAGGAUUAUAAAGCACCAUUUCAGUCGAAGAGCAAAAUCUGGUAAUACAAGUAGUUCAGCUCCCCUCAUUAAAAGGAGGAGGUUAACAGCUUGUGCUAAGACAGAGACAACUCGUAUCAUUGAGAACUUCUCAGUUGGCCUGGGGUCAAAAGUAGAGACCUGUUGUGCAUCUAACUUGCCCCAUGCUGACAACAUUGGUGUUUCUCAAGUGAGUCCUUUGGUAGAGAAGUUAUCAUCAUUGAGUUGUUCAGCAGAAGGUAGCCAAGGAGAGGUGAGCAGUGAAGGUAUAUACAAUAGAAGAUCUUUUGGCAAGGAGAUGUCUCAGGUGAAAAAUGAGAACCAUCAAAUUCCUUUGUCAAUAGAUCUGAACCUCUCUCAGAUUCCACUGGACUCUGGUGAACUAGUAAAAAUGGAGGUGGAAGACAGUCAAGGUACGAAUGCAGAUGGUUUAUUCUUGCAUAAGAACAAGCAUAAUCUUGAGACACAGAAAACUGCUGUUGAUGUUGAGCCCAGGAGGCAAAGCACCAGAAACCGACCAUUGACAGCUAAAGCAUUGGAAGCCCUUGCUUGUGGGUUUUUCAGCACUAAUAAGAAAGAGAAAAGCAAGGAAAUUUGCAAGCGAGAAAUCCCAUUCUCAACACCUUCCCGCCGGGCACGUAGCAGAGUCAAAGGAUCAUCCCAACGCAGUAGUUCUGGCACAGGUAUCGUGGAUUCGAAGAAAGAGGAGGCAAACGAGACUUGUGUUGUAAACAAAGAUAUCACUAGUAAACCUGCAGACCAAAUUGAAGAGAGGAGUCUCAUUUCUACUAGGAAUUCCUAAAGCUGCUUAUUAGUUUGAUAAUUCAGUCUUUGAAGAUCAUUUAUUGGGCUUGACACACUAUGCUGGUGCUUUUGGAGUAAUACUGGAGCAACCAUUCUCUUUCUGAAAGUUUUCCUUUCUGUUUUUUAAUGCUAACUGAAAGACACCGGCAUACGGCUGUCUCAUCAAUGCUUUCACCAAAGUAUGAUACAGAAAAAAAAAAAAUCUCUUCAAAAGCAUGUAUAUACUAGCCUGCAACAAUCCUUACCACCUAAGCUAGUUACUUGUCACAGUGCAAAGAACCAUUUUAGCCAGAGAAUACCAGCUUUGUCUCUUUAUUUUAUUUUUCUCUCUUGGAAAAACAUAUAUAUGAAGCGUCACUUAGCAUUAAAAUGUGGUGUGUUUAAGUAAGAUGUUAUACAUGUAAUCCAUCUGGAUGCCUCUUAUUUCUUUCUAAUUGAAAUUGAAGCAAUCACCUUGAUUCUGA